UUUCAGUUAGAAUCUUUUAUUGUGCAUAAUUCGUCAGUCUUUAACAUAUUUUAUACACUUCAAUCUUUCUCAUUUCAAUUAUUCCACAAUUCGGGUAGACGUAAAAAUGGACGCGUGUCUUGAGAAUAGGCUUAAGAAUUUCAGGGAGGAACAUGGCUAUGAUGAAGACGAGGAUUCAUCAGUAUAUUUGAAGGUCCGUGAGCUGAUUCUUGACGGAUCAACCAUAAAAACAAUCACGCUGAAGGAGGGUGAAAGGCUUGAAAAGUUCAAAAAUCUGUCCAAAUUGUCUUUGAAUGGGACUGGACUGACUUCACUGACUAAUUUCCCUGAAAUGCCUAGCCUGAAAGUUCUUGAGCUCACCGAUAACUACAUCUCAGACCCAAUUGUUUUCACUAUGAUCCCAAAACUCUUUCCUAACCUUAAAAUACUGCAAAUGGGCGGAAAUCAUCUCAAAAAUCCACAUGACGUUAAAUCACUCAGUGUAAUGCCGUAUUUGGUUGUUUUGGGUCUGGCUAUGAACCCUAUGGCUAAUGAGAAGAAUUACAGAGCAGUUGUGUUUGAGUGUUUACCUAAUCUUGAGGUUCUUGACCAAGUUGAUUCCACAGGUGCUGAGUACAACUACUCAUCUGACGAGGCUCUUGAUGAUGAUCUUGAGGGCGAUGCUGAUGAAGAUGAUCUAGAAGGAGGCGAUUUAGAAGAAGAAGACGAUGUGCUGAAAAAGUUUUAUGAAGCUGAAUAUAAGAGUGAUGAUGAUGAAGAUGACGAUGAGUUCGACCCUGAGAAUCAGCCGGACGUUGAGGAGGAUGAUUUCUACGAGGAAGACGAGGAUGAAGAGGAGGAGGAAGCUGACGACGAUUAUGAUCAUAAAAGACCAGCUGAAGACGAUCUUGAGAAUGAAAGCACAUCAUCGUCAAGACUAAAAACUGAAUAAUUCCCAUUAACUCCUUUUCCCAAUAAUUUUAUCAUUUUAUCA